AUGGCAUCUUCUCUUCUCCAUCCCGCUAAGAAGCCUGAGGCAUUGAAUGCUCCUCCAGGGGCUUCGGCCAGGGUCCAAAUUGUUGAUGGCACUGCCCGACUCAAGGUGCCCACGCAGGCCUUCAUGACGCCGCCCAUCCACGGCCAUACGCAGCUGACAGCGCCGACCCUCAGCUUCCUAGUCGAGCAGAUCUCUUCAGGCAGAAAGGUCCUAUUUGACUUGGGUCUGCGGAAAGACUGGCAAAACCACCCUCCUGCUGUCCAGUCCUUAAUCAGCGGGCCGGGGUGGGCGUUCGAUGUUCCAAAGAACGUUGAUGAAGUCCUCCAAGAAAAUGGCGUGGACGUCAAGGGAGGCGCGAUUGAAGCCGUCGUCUGGAGUCAUUGGCAUUUUGAUCAUAUUGGGGACGUGAGUCAGUUCCCUGCGAGUACGACUCUAAUCACGGGCCCGGGCGUCAGGGAUGCAUUUUUUCCACCCUACCCAGAGAACGCAGCUUCGCCUCUUUUGAGCUCGGACUUCGCGAAUCGUGAGCAUCGAGAGUUAGACUUUGACGGCACUUCUCAACUCAAGAUAGGUGGCUUUAGAGCGAUCGACUAUUUCGGAGAUGGUUCAUUCUACCUCCUCGACGCCCCCGGGCACGCCAUCGGCCAUAUAUGCGGGCUGGCGCGAGUCGCUUCCGUUAGAGAAGGCGACGCUGAGGACAUCUUUAUCUAUAUGGGCGGUGACACGGCUCAUCACGGGGGCGAGUUUCGACCCACAGAAUAUCUACCUCUUCCUAUAGAGAUCUCGCCGUCUCCCUACGUGUCUAAAUAUGCCUCGAUUUGUCCAGGGCAUGUAUUUGAGACUAUCCACCCAAAGAAAAAGGGAAUCGACCCCUACUAUGAGCCCUCCACACAUUUUGCUCAUAACCACGAAGAGGCUGUACACUCUAUUGAGCGCAUGCAGGUCUUUGAUGCGGCUGAUAACGUUCUUGUUAUAAUCGCCCAUGACAAUACUAUCCUUGACAGUACGAGUGGUUUGGAUUCGUUCCCACAUGGUACGCUGAAGAAUUGGAAGGUGAUAAAUUCGGCAGAGAAGGUUCGCUGGCUGUUUUUGAAGGAUUUUGUUUCCGCUGUGGAACAAGCAGCGUCAUAA